AUGGAUGCAAAUUAUCGAUUUCGUAAUAAAGAAUGUAGUCGAGAUUUACUUGAAGAUUUGUACGAAUGUGGUGGAAUUGGAGACGAUGAUAUAAUUGGGAUUGAUUGGUUGAAUAAUGGAUCAUGGACUACGUAUAAAUUGAGUAGUCUUGAGUAUUCUGAAUAUUUCCGCAAAACUGAAAAUCUUCAGCUUCAUCAGAAAAACCUGGAGAGAGCGAAGAUUCCAGCCAAAUUGCGAAUGUUGAAUCUGAGUCAGUCGACUAUAAGAUCUGGUCUCGACUUCCCACCUACAGAUUUUAUUUCAGGAUUGCUUGAAAUCAUCAAUAUUCUACCACAGCCAAAAGAAGAUCGCAUUGAAACUCUCUCGGCUGAAAAAAAUGAUCCGCGAUUGCCACUUAUUGAUUCGUGUUCUCCGGAAUUGGCAGUUCCAGGAUCGGUCGAAAUCAUCAAUAUUCUACCACAGAUUCCUCCACCAAAAGAAGAUCGCGAUGAAGCUCUAGCUGUUCCACACGAUUCCGAAAAUGGGUUGCUCGAAAUCAUCAAUAUUCUUUCUCGGGUUCCUCGACCAAAAGAAGAUUGCGAUGAAACUCUUGCCGUUCCACACGAUUCCGAAAAUGAAAAACCUGAAACGUCCACACUGACUGAAAUGCCCCAAAUCCAGGUGAUUAAGGAAGACGUCGAUAUUCUGGAAAUGAGCAAUUCGAAAGAGAAUAACGAACGUGAAGAUCGCAUUGAAACUCUCUCGGCUGAAAAAAAUGAUCCGCGAUUGCCACUUAUUGAUUCAUGUUCUCCGGAAUUGGCAGUUCCAGAAAAUAUGCGGAAAAGAUUAAUUGACGAACUCGAAUUUUUCUGGAAUUCGGUCGACGCUACGACAUGGAAAAAACAUGGCGUAUCCAUUUAUAAGAUUAAUGAGAAGGCCACUUGUAAGCCAUGCGGACUCAGACCAAACUGUUUCUCGGAUGCUGUCUCGCUGGGAACGCACAUAUUCGCGAGAAAGCAUAAGAACUAUAUAAUCAAAUAUGGAUUUUCUAUUUCGGAUUAUGCGAUUUGGAAAGAAGCAUUGCUUCACUGUAUCGGUAAAAAGGCGAAAAAUAAGAAUAUUUACAUCGAAAAAACUUCAAAAACGGAGACGGAAAAAAAAGAGAGCAAAGAAGAGAACGGCUCGAAAUAUCCGCUGUUCAACUCGUUUGGAUCAACUAACAAAUUGCCAAAAGCUGAAUUUAUUGAGGAAUAUGACAAAUUGUGCGAACAAAUUAACGGUAUUCCGGCAAAAAUCAUUGUGAAAAUGCGUGUUCAAAAGCUAGACCUUACUUGUGAUUUCUGUAAAUGCCAAAUUCAAUCAUUCUCUUCACUGGCUUCUCAUGUAUUCUCAAAGGGUCAUUCUAAAAAAAUUAAAGAAAAAUGCGAAGGAACGAAAGAGGAUUUGGAAUAUUGGAAGACGUUUAUAAAAGAAGCACAAGCCGCAACGGACAUUGCCUUUGGAAAUGCGAAAGAAGAAAUCCCGUUGUUCAAUUUCUUCGGAAAUGGGGAAAAAGAUCUCGAAUUUGAGAAGGAAUACGAUGCACUUGCGAAGAGAUUUUCGAAUAUUCCCAUAGAGUGUGUUGCAAUUGUCAAUACUAGCAAAAAUAAAUAUCGAUGCCGCCUGUGCGCGAUUGACGUUGACGAUAAUCACACGCUGGUGCACUUUUUUCAAGAAAGCCAUGAAAAUGCUCUGAGAGCAUUGCCCCAAGAGAAAUGCCGAUUUACAAAUGCGGAUAUGAAGUUUUGGGAGGAGAAACUCAACGCAUUGGUCGAACAUGAUUUCAAUAAUGCACCGCCUCUGACCUAUCGUCGAAAUUCGCUUGAAGGAAACCUGAUCGGCGAUGAGUUUUCAAGGCGCAUGAACGCGCUCGUCAACGAUUUCAAGCAUGUCAUUCUUCCGAUUGAAUCGAAACUGAAAAAUCUGGCGAAAUUUGGAGCGAAACCCGAGGAUUUUGAGUAUUGGGAGGCGAUAAUUCACAAGAAAUUAGAAGAGCAACGCGUUUUUCAAACUCAACAGAAUUCGCCGCCAAUUCCACUCCUUGAUGUUUUGAAUGAAGGCGAUAAGCGAUUGGAAGAAUCGGAUAUCGAUGAGAAAAUCAACGAAUUGCGAGAGUUGAUCAAAAAGAUGAAACGAUUUGGAAUCGCCGCAGAGCAUAUUGCCUAUUGGAAUCAAAGAUUGAAUGACGCGAUAAAACGAAUGGAAAACAUUUUAUAUCCACUGGAAUUCUAUUAUGCCAAUAUUGAUUUGGAAGAGUUUAAAAAGAAGGCGAUGUCGCGAGAAGACGUGGAAAAGAAUUUUGAUGAAUUGCGCAAAAUGUCGGAAGGAAUUGACAGAAACCUAUUCAAUUCAACGUAUCCCGAUUUACCAAAAAGGAACAAUCGGAGAAGUUGCAUUUGGUGUGAUCAGUACUUGAAAGAGCCGUAUGACUGCCUGACGCAUAUGUUUCUCGACAGACACAUACAUGUGAUGAUGGAGAAAUGCUAUGUGACGAAGAAAAUGUUCGACGAAUGGAGGAAACGCAUUGAGAAUGUGAAACAGAUUGCAAUGAAAAAUGAGGUUGAGAUUGAGAAGAAGCGAACGCAAUCGAUGAAUGAAAUGAAGAAACUCGAAGAGGAAACCGGUCAGCAACGCCGGCAGUGGAUAUCGUUUUCACCAGACUUGAAAUAUGCUACCAUAUAUACAGAAAAUGUGCAUGCAACGCGCGGUCCUUGGCCAAGCAUUCUUGGAACCAUUGAAAAUUGCGUGCAACUUGAGAGAAAAGUAGAUAAAUCGAUUUUAUUCAAUAAAAAGUUGUGCUCAAUUUGCAACGUGUGGGUGCUUGAUAGAGCUACGAAUAUUGCGAAGCAUGCGGUGUCUGUCACACAUUUGUUCAAUGGCGGAUGUGCGAUAUGCGAUAAAUGGCUGCAUUCGGUCGAUGAGAUCGCCACACACGUGAUGUCGGCGGAUCAUUUGAAUAUUGAAAUCGUUGGAUUGCCGUAUAAGGUUCUCUAA